AUGGACAUUAAAGAGGGAUUGAGCUCUAAGAAAUUAGUAGUCAAUAUCAAGCAAGGGAUGAAACUCGAAUCAGAUGAGUGUAAUACCAGUACAAACUGCAAUCCUAAAGCGAAGAUAAGCUUACCUGGAAUCCGAAGGCAAAAGAAUGGGAGAUAUGGUGUUGAGCUUACAGAUCCAAUUAGGCAUAAGAGAGUCUGGGUAGGCACUUUUGACACUGUUGAAGAAGCUUCACAAGCUUAUUCCUCUAAGAAAUCUGAGUUUGAGAAUGAGAAAUUAAGGCAGCAGGGAAAUAAGAAGAGUAAAAGAAUCCGCAAAACGAUAGGUAUGGUUGAGGUUCACAAGAGAGGGAAAUAUAAUUCUGAGAAAUCAGAGGAAUUAGUCAAUGUGAAGCAAGAAAAUGAAAAUGUAAAUCGUGAAAUAUUUCAGACUGAAUCAGCUGGUGGAUCGGAAAUUGAUUUUCCGAUCUCAAAUUCAUCUAACGGAGGAACUGAGAAAAGGAUUGAUUUGCACGAAAUAGGUGCUGUUGAAGAAGCUUUUCGUAUUGCUAAAGAGGGAUCCAGAGUGUUUAAAAUGGCUAAUGUUUGUGGCACAAAAUCAUCUGAUGACUGUAACAAUACUACAAGUUGCAAUCCUGAAGUUAAG